CUUACCGCAGGACUGGUUUCGUUUUGUGUUCAAAGUUUCAACUAUCUGGAAAACUGCAACAACAAAAAAAAUUGAGCAAGGAUUGCUGUUGCAAGUUUCGUGUAGCCAGAGGGCGAGGGUAAAUAGUCCAACAUGUGGAAUUUUUUCUACAGAGUGGUGUGGUAUGAUAAUUGUGGAGAGCAUAAUCUGGCGAUGAAAAAUAUGAAUUCAUCAUUGGAUUAAGUUGCUUAUGUGGAGUUCUUGAAUUUUGUCAUCAAGAAUAUAGGACUUGUUGAAACAUAAGACGCUGUUCUAGAGUUUUUUUUUCUUGUUUCGAUUGGACCUGUGUGUGUUUUAUUCUCUUAAUACAAAGGUGCACAAUCCUUUUGCGUAUUCCUGAAAAAUUGGAGCCGUGUGUGUGUAUUGUAUGCAUAAGGUAAAUAUGCUGCUAACAUUAGCUCAUGUAUAGUCUGCUACAUAGUUUGGCAUCUUUUAGGUGGGAUAGGUUUGAAGUGUUUCUCAUGUGUGCCUCUUUUUUGUACAAGUUGUAGAUAUCUGUAUCCUUUGUAGGUAGAAUACACAAACAUCAUAAUGUUCCCUGUAAGUAAUGAGUACAAAUGAGAGAGAAUCUGCUUGAGUAUUUGGUAUAUCAUAUAUCCUGCUAAUCUACUUUUGUCAUAUUCUUUAUUCUUCUUUAUUUCUCUACAAUAUUUUGUACUGUUUUCUGUUGGAGGACGAAUUAUUGAGAUUCUCAUUAUUUAUAUUAUUUUUAUCCUGCAGCUAUCAGUAUAGAACAGAUAUGAUGCAAUCCUUGACUAGCCAAGUUAUGAUAAACUCUGGUAGUUCUCCAUCCAUGGUGUGGCAAUCCCAUCGGAGAGGUAUUACAUUUAGUAGCCCAAAUAGACAACUUCUGCUGUGAUUUGUGCUUUUAAAUCAAUUCUGUUCUAGGCCAAUAAGAAAUGGAAUAUGUGGCACUACGAACAUCUCAUAUCCUAUUUCACCCAGUUUGUCCUAGAAGGUACAAGCAGUAUCCUUUUACCUAUCUGAGAUACUAUACUAUAUUAUCACGUUUCCCUUGGAUAAAACUCUAUCCUGCAGUUGAACGUUCGUUCCUUUUUGUGUAUGCAAUGGGGGUAUAUUUUGAUCAUAUGUGCCAAAUAAUGCCUUGUGAGUGUAGAAUUGUCCCUACUAACUACUUUCUCUUCUAGAUGACAAUGAGGCUUCUCUCGUUACUUUCCUGAUCUCCUGCAUUAAAAACAUUAGAUGCAUUUUGUCAAUUGUUGACACACAGUUGCGAUCCAUCUGUCAUUGCUCAGGAUAGUGGCAUAUCAUGCUGGAUGCUUCAAAUUCAUAGUAACAUGGUUGACUUUCAUAUUGUAAAAGGGCACCAACAUCAAAGAUUGCCUCAAGCACAAGUAGGGGCGUGUUUAAGUGUAUGCCGACCUAUUAUAUUUUUUUAGAUUGACACGUCAAAUUUAAUACCUGAUGUGAACUCUUCUUUAGUGCAGCCUGUAUGAGGGGCCUUGUGUGCUCCACAAUGCCAUCUGGCUGCUAAAAGAUGUGUUUUGUUAUGCUAAUUGUUUAAUCUUAAUUUGUUUUUUAAAACAGAUCAGCAAUACAUGGCUUCAGAGUGGAGCUCUGAGUGGUACUGUGCCACAUACAUGAUACAUGUCCCGGAAUUUUGCUGUGGAUUAUUGCUUCAGUAGCUAACUAUAUAACAUUUUCAACUCUUGUUUUUCUUGAAUAUUACUAGACCUUUUAGGUGUGUGGAAGAGGCAAAUGUCUCGCUCUCACAGCACCUCGUAUCUCCAGCUGAACUGAAUCUAAAUAUCUGAUCCAUUUUGUUUUCACCAAAUGCGCAAGGAUAAGUACAUUUUCCUACGUUGCAGCAGAGUCAGAUGAAAAAUUCUUGCAUCAUUACCGGCCUUUGAUUCUUACGUUUCUCAAAAGCAUGAGCUGAAAAUUUCAUUUUUAUUGAGUUGACCUUAUGAUUCUGAGCUGUGAUCCCCUGAUGUUUACUCAAGAGCAGCAGCUCAUUAUACCUGAACAGCUUAAACUUGAACGCUUAUGAAGGAUGAAGUAAGGAAAUGCUGCUUCAUAAAGAAAAAGCCACGACUCCCAAGAUGGAUCAGCAGCAGCAGCAACCCUUCUUCUGCGACCAAUCACGUUGCUAUGCUGGAUGUAGGCUUCUGAACGGCAGUCCAGAUACAGAGAAACUGACUUCAGGAAAUAAAAUAAAGGGGCUUCUCAACUCUCCAGCCUCAGCGUGGGUGUUUAGUGCAUCUACUGUUGGGAAGGCUCCCUAAGGUACAGGGACAGGGAUGGAUUCCGUUGCUGAACUUCCCUCACAUUUCUGCCUUGAAUUUGCAUGUUUGAACCUUGUUGCAAAGAGCAAUACAGCCAAAUGAAAUGCCAAAACCUUGAGAUAGGGGACAAAAUCAAUCAAUAUGCUACUCAAGAUCUGGAUCUUGUCUAGCUAUAAGAAAUCCAUAUGAAGGUGUGACUCAUCUAGCUGAGAAGGAAAUGGAUGGCAUGGGGGCAUCUUAUUUAAACCCCCUAAUUUCUCACACACACUUGUGUUGACUGUAAUUAAUGUCUUUUUUUUAUAGAUGAUGAGGGCGGGUGAGCAGUAUUGUGCCAUGUGAAACAGAUACUAGUAUAAUGAGGAGCCUGAAUAGGAAAUUAUGGGUAUGGAUAUUUGGGCAGGCAGCUACGCCUGGCAUGGUACAAUAUGGUAUGGUAGGGGGUAGGCGCCUCGGCCAGCGCUGCACCACCGCCUCUGCAGAUUUGCUUAGAUCUCAUCCUCCUCCAUUUCUCAUCCUCUUCUCCUUCUCCUUGUUGGAAAUGCUUUCCUUUUUCCAUUGUAUAUUCUGUGGUCGGUCGGUACUCAGUUCUUUGCCAACUACCACUGUAUAAAGGCCAGGCUGCGACUUGUCCAUCGCCAAGAACACCAAAAGAGAGAGUCUACUCUGCUCUGCUCCAUUCUCUGCCUCAUGUCGACGAAGACAGUGCCGGAGCCGGAGCCGCACGUCCUCGCCGUGGACGACAGCAUCGUCGACCGUACUGUCAUCUCCAGACUCCUGCGCAGCUCCAAAUAUCGAGUUACGACGGUGGAUAGUGGCAAGAGAGCACUGGAGGUUCUCAGCCUGGAUCGGAAUGUGCAUAUGAUCAUCACGGAUUACUGCAUGCCGGAGAUGACAGGGUUCGAUCUCCUCAAGAGGGUCAAGGAGUCGGCGGAGCUGAAGGAGAUUCCGGUGGUGCUAAUGUCGUCGGAGAAUUCGCCGACGAGAAUCCGGCGGUGCCUGGAGGAGGGGGCUGAAGACUUUUUGAUCAAACCGGUUCGCCCGUCUGAUGUGUCGCGCCUUUGCAACCGCGUCAUCAUGAAAUGAAAUGAGAUGCUGCGUUGUAGCAGCUGGAAUAAUCACGAGUCCUAACCAAUUAUACUGACCAAUCAUAUAAGAGGAGUAGCAAUCGCACAAUUAAUCCAAGCCAGUCAGGAAUAACGACAACAAGACGAAGAUCAGAAAGAAAGGUUUUUGCCCGGAACAAUAUAAUUGAUGUACAUCGAUGAUUAAUUCUCUAACAGAUCCACAACUCCUAACCACUACUACUAGGCACUAGCUUAGCUAGCACUACUCUCCCUUGUUCUCCUUUUCAUUUGCAAGUUAGUUAUAAUGAAUAAAAGAUUCUUCUUCUUUGGCAAAUUGCAAAUUGAGAGAUGCUGACAUGCUGUUAUAUUGUCCUGACGGCUCCCAUGCGUGCUAAAUUAGCGUUCAUGGUUGUAUCUUGAGAACAGUUUGUUUGGAUAAUGGAAAAUGGGGAGGUGGGAUUAUAAUUGGAAAAUAAAUGAAGGGUUAUAAUUAAAUGAAAGAGGGAGAAUGAAUGGUUAGGAUUUAAAGAUAUUUUUUGAUGGGUGGGAAAUCAUUUCCAUUUCCCAUUAGCCAAACAUUGUCUCAGGGUAAAGUAACGGGAAUCAUGCAGUAACCACAUCAAAUUUGAACAUAUUUUAAGAACAAUUCAAUUUUUUUUGAUAAAUAUUGUCUUCUUUAAAAAAUUGUAAGAAAAUAUUAUCGACAAGCGCUCCAAUCCAAGAAAAUGCCAUUGACGAACCCAACUUACCGGAAAUGUCAUCGUAUUAAGCACUUUUCUCCUAGAAACAUAACUGCGAUGACAUUUCUGAGAAAAACAUUUGUACGAUGAUAUCUCUAGAAAGUUCGAUAACAUUUCAUGGAUUAGAGUACUCAUCGAUAGCAAUCUUAAAUUUUGUUUUAACAACUUGUGGCUUCGAGGUCAAGCCAGACUCCCACGAGUAAAAAUAGAAAAAUAGAGAAAAAGAAAACAGACUCCCAGGCGCCACACACACGCAUGGAUAUUUUGGCCCAUGAAAUUACCGGUAAGCCCAAAAGAAAGGAUAGAGAGAGCGAUGGGCCCACCACGAGUCGGAGUCGGAGUCGGCGUCGGAGGAGGAAGCGGAAUCGGCGUCGCCAUGGUGUUUCUCAUCGUCUCGGCUUCCUCCUUCCUCAUCCGUCUCCCACUUGUCGCUCGAGCUCGCCUCCCAAACCCUACCUCCUCCUCAUAUACCUCUAGGUCUAGGUCUAGGGCCCUCCUCCUCCUCCCCGCCUCCUCCCCUCUUCGCGCCUUCUGCCCCGCCUCCCGCCGCCCCUCGCCCGCCACCUGCUCCGCCGCCUACGCCUCCUCCUCCAUGGCCACCGACGACAACCCGCUCCUCGCCGACUUCGACUUCCCGCCCUUCGACCGCGUCGAGCCCAUCCACGUCCGCCCCGCCGUCCGCACGCU